AUGGCACUUUCGGAUAUUUUUCCAGUUAUAAUAGUUGCUGUUGCUCUCUGGAUAUUAGUUUAUUGUAUUCUUAUGACUCAAAAAUGUUUUAUGGAAACACAAUAUCAAGAAAUUGCACCAAAACCAGAGGAAGAACCUCAAAAUCCGUAAGUUUUGUAAUAAGCUCCGCCCACUUUAUGUGUGUUGUGUGGCAACACGCGAAACUCGUUUAUUGUCGGGCGGAUUGAAAUAUAAGAAGAAAUGGCGAGAGUUUUGUUCACGUUGAGGAUGAUAUUGUUUUGACUAGGGCGGUCUUACUAAAUCGUGGUGAUCUAGUCGAUUCUGAUGACGUGAACUUUCAAAGAUCUUAUGAGAAAGUUGCAAUUUUUGGUUCCAAAAGAAACGGGAAAUUCUUUUUUACACUUUUUUCAAAACCUUAUCAUCUGAUCAUAUUUUUUUCACCACCCCAAAGUGUUGUUAAAAAUAACUAGAUCAUAUCUUUUUUUUAUAGAUCUCCCAAUCAACAGGAUCAACACGUACAUCACACGAAACAGGAAGAAGAACGACACUUUCUUGCUUAUUAUUUGUAA